CCCAGCCCUGGUGAAUUGGUCUAUUAUUUCGCGGUUUUGGUUGUGAGAAAAAGAAAACAAAUAUUGAUUGGCUCAAGAAUAAUAAGUUGUUAAUUACAUUAAGUGUUAUAAAUAUAUUUAAUUGAAACCAUGGGUUGUGCCGAGAGCAAGGAUGGCGAGGGUGAAGCUCAAAGUAAUAGAAAUAGACCCAAAUAUCGCUCCUGCACGGAUGUCUUUUGGUUGGCUAUUUACAUAUUGUUUUGGCUCUUUUUGAUUGUCAUCGCGAUAUUUUCGUUUGUGUUCGGCAAUCCCUUGCGUCUAAUUAAUGGCUAUGAUUCCUUUGGCAAUACUUGCGGCGUCAAGCACAAUGAAAAAUUUCAGAACUUUCCUUUAUCGGGCAUGAAUACGAUUGACAAACCGGAGUUGCUUUACUUUGACGUUAAGGAGCUGAAAAAAUCCUUGAAGAUCUGCGUUAAAAGCUGUCCGAAACGAACGCUCAAUCAGCCAAAAGAACUGUAUCAAUACUUCACCGAGACCGGUGCCCAAUAUUGUAAAUAUGAUUAUAAUAUGGCACAAUUGGAUAAGCCGGGCAUGACCAAGGAGGAUAAGACGUUCAAUACUCUCGGACCAUGUCCUACUUUACCCAUCUUAGAGAGCUCGCCCGUACUGCAUCGCUGUGUGCCGAAGCAAUCUAGCAAAGAGGUUAAGGAAAUGUACAAGAUGCUUAACAAUUGGGAUGUAGCUCAACAGUUUCUUGGCGACAUCUACUCCACGUGGCAUAUCAUAGCCAGUGUUUGUGCCGUUUCCCUGCUCAUAUCCAUUGCUUUGGUCACCAUGAUGCACUGGCUAUCCCGCAUUGUCUCCUGGCUCAUUUGCGUGCUGGUUAUUGUGGCCAGCAUUGGUCUAACAGCAGCUCUCUGGUAUGUCUACUACGGCAUACGCAACAAGUCAAGUACGACGCAAUACUCGCAGCUCGAGGAGUUUUUGCGUAAUCAGCAGGCUGUGUUCACCCUCGCUGUGCUGGCCACUAUAACCAUGGUUGUUUUGCUGGUCAUUAUAUAUUUCCUUAAGAACAAGCUCUCUGGCCUGGCUGCGCUCUUCGAGGAGGCUGGCAUCUGCAUGAUGAAUUUGCCUGGACUUUUAAUAGCUCCCCUCUUGGCAUUUCUGGUGCUCAUUGCCUUUCUUGCAUUUUGGGUGGUUGUUGUCAUCUGUUUGGUAACCGCAACAACGCCCGAUCAAAGUCCCAUCGCACCGUUUCACAGCAAUGCGGUGCAUCCAUCCCUGCCGGCCAAUGCAGCCGCAAUGCUGCUCAAUCAAACAGCUCCCAGCACCGAUGAGAGAACCAUCACACGCAUAGAGUACGCAGAUGCAACUGUUUUGCGCAGCAUGUUCUGGAUUUAUGUGGUUGGCUUGAUUUGGACGGUGGAAUUCAUCUUUGCCUGCCAGCAAUUCGCAUUGGCCGCUGCCGUGGCCUUUUGGUACUUCAGCAAGCCGACAACGACGCCAACUAUUUAUGCUAUUGGCAAAUUGAUCAAAUACCAUUUGGGCACCGUGGCAAAGGGCUCCUUUGUCAUAACUAUAUUCAAAAUACCGCGAUUGAUAUUGACUUAUCUUUAUGCCAAGUUGAAGAAGGGCGAGGACAAAGGCUCGGAAUGCGCUGCCUGCUGCUUGAAGUGCUGCAUUUGUGGCUUUUGGCUGCUGGAGAAAUUUAUACGGUUCCUCAACCACAAUGCCUACACUGUGGUGGCCAUUGAAUCCAUCAACUUUUGUCCAGCUGCGGGCAUUGCCUGGAAUGCUAUGGCCACCAAUGCGCUGCAAGUGGCCACGAUUAACAGCAUUGGCGAUUUCAUUUUGUUCUUGGGCAAAGUUGUAGUGGCUGCGCUGUCGGGUCUGCUGGGCAUCUUUAUGCUGAAGGAUAAGCCAGGCUUGAAUUUCUACAUGGCGCCCGUGAUUCUGAUCAUAAUAUUCUCUUUCUUCAUCGCACAUAUUGUGUUGUCGCUCUUCGAGAUGGUUGUCGAUACACUCUUCCUGUGCGUUUGUGAGGACAAGACUAUUAAUGGACGCGCUGGUCGUUGGGCUCAGAGCAAUUUGGCCAAACUGGUUGGCGAGGAGCCGCUACAGCCAGGCGAGGAGCCGCCCAUCCAGGUGUACGAGAUGAUGCCCAUUAACAAGCAGCCGUUUAGCAUUACUCGAUUGCCGCCCACUGAUGCCGAAGUCUCCCCAAUGGCGGAGUAAUUCAGCAA